AUGGCGCGGCAGCAGGAGUCUCUGUUUCUGCCGCCGGCUAAAAAGGGCCUCACCUGCAACAAAACAGGGGAGAAGGAGAGAAUUCCGGCGCUGUGGGCGACUUCGCAUUCGACCAAGUUCUAUUUCUGGCGGGUCGUCGCCACAGGCCUGUACUUCACGGCGUGCAUCUACGUGAUGUGCUUGUGCUCGGUGGCGUCGGACACGUUCUUCGAUCCUCGCACGCAAAAGAGCUUGCCUGACCGGAUUCAUGAUCAGAUGCUAGAGUCGAAGCCUCUCUUUUUCGCGACGCCACUCGUCGUGGACGUGGUCACAGUCAGCCUGAUUGUAGUGACGAUUUUUCGACACAUUUGCUUUCUGAAAAUGCCACUCAACCUGAUGUACGGGGCGCGUUUCCUAUUCCUCCUCGGCACUCUCUAUCUGUGCCGCGGCAUGGCCAUCAUCAUCACGACAGUCCCGCCCUCGACCCGCAACUGCGUCCCGCCACCGGUCACCUCCGUGGCUUCCUUCUUCUACCUCGGCGUCCUGCAGGUGUUUUCCAUGCGCACAGAGUGCACAGGCAUGAUCAUCUCUGGGCACUCGACUGUGACCUGCUGCUGCCUCGCUUCGUGGUUGCUCUAUGGCAACGCGAACCGUGAAGACCGUGACACCAAGGCCGUGCCCUUCUACGAGCUUUUGCGCUUUCUCGGGCGCGUCAUCGAGCGUCUCCGCGGCGCGAUUCGCAAGCGCCGUGGCGCAGGUUACAUCACGACGCCAGUGACUGACCUCGAGGAGAACGCGGAAAACGGCUCCCGCGGCGUAAACGUCGAGGAUGCGCCCUCAGCCUCAAUCCUGGCCGCCGAGCGCGAAGAAGAGGACCGACGAAAGACGCUGUGGAGCGGGAUCCUGCGACUGAAUCUCCUCCGCUCCCUUUGCCUGUGCGUCGGCGUCAUCAACCUCGGACUGAUCGUCACCUCCUUUAACCACUACUCCAUCGACGUGUUCAUGGCAGUCAACUACACCUUCGCCACGUGGACGCUUUACCAUUGCGUGCUGUCGCUGAUCUGGGCUGAGAAAGAAGAAGAAAACAAACGGCAAACGAUCGCGCUUCUGAAGGCCGAGGCCGCGGCUGCCGUGGACGAAGACGGAGACUCGAUAUCCGAGGCGUCAACCUCCGCGAGCGUCGAGGGUAGCGUCCUUGUGCCGCCGGCUCCUACGCUCAAGAAGCGAGACAUGGAGAAGGCAGUGAAGCCGCAGAGUUCGAACACCCCGUGCUGGCUGGCAGCCUUGAACUUCCCCAUCAUCCGCGUGGGUGUGCGCAUCAUCAAGGCUGUCGAGGGCCUCUGA